GUGAAUCGUACCGGUAAGCGUCAGCCAACAACACAGAAGAACUGUACAAGGAGUCAGUAAUACACCCACCUUACUUUCAGUGAGUGACAGAAUAGCGGGAGUUUAACAUAAACGGUCGGAUUGUUUUCAUAUUCUCGUUGAGCAGACUCAGCAAUAUCAGAGCAGUCAUGUCUGACAGGAAGGCAGUAAUAAAAAAUGCAGACAUGUCUGAGGAGAUGCAGCAGGAUGCUGUUGAGUGUGCUACACAGGCUCUAGAGAAGUACAACAUUGAGAAGGACAUUGCUGCCUACAUCAAAAAGGAGUUUGACAAAAAAUACAACCCAACCUGGCACUGCAUUGUGGGAAGGAACUUCGGCAGCUAUGUGACCCAUGAGACCAAGCACUUCAUCUAUUUCUACCUGGGUCAGGUGGCCAUUUUGCUGUUCAAGUCUGGCUAAGCAACCUCAUCACUACCUGACCAUUUAUUACUGACUGACUACAGAAAUGCUGAUCAUUCCUGUUCUGGGACCCACUUUCUCUUGGCUGCUUCUUUUUUUUGUUCCUCUUUUUAUUUAAAAAAAAAAAAAUGUCUAUGUAUAAAUGAAAAAAGAUGAGCAAGAAACAUGUAUUUAUUUUUGUUUUCUAUAGACAGGAUGAACAUUUGGCAUUUCAGUGUUUUUUUUUUUAAUUAAAAUGAAAUGGUUUGGCCCA